CAUUUUUUUUCAGAUUCCAGAAGCAGGGCAGGGCGCAGGGCGGCUGGCCCCCGCAACAAGACACACACGAGUCAGCUACUUCCCUAGCCGCAACCGGGUCGGCUAUCGCAAGCGAUCGAUGCCUUCAGAUGAGAUAUAAGAUUCCGCCGUGCAUUUAGUUGGUUUGACGCUAAUUCGCCGCCGGUCGUCCAGAGAUUACAACCUGACAAAAUGACAGACGCUGCGGUGGCCGACACUCGCCGGUUGAAUUCCAAGCCCCAGGACCUGAUGGAUGCCUACGGCCCCCCCAGCAAUUUUCUGGAAAUAGACGUCUUUGACCCACAAAUCGUCGGAGUUGGACGGAACCGUUACACAACUUACGAAGUUCGCAUGAAGACAAACCUUCCCAUUUUCAAACUGAAGGAUUCCUGUGUGAGAAGAAGAUACAGUGACUUUGAGUGGUUAAAGAAUGAGCUGGAAAGAGACAGUAAGAUUGUAGUACCACCUCUGCCGGGCAAAGCCCUGAAGAGACAGUUGCCAUUCCGCGGAGACGAGGGCCUUUUUGAGGAGUCCUUCAUCGAGGAGCGGCGAUCGGGCCUGGAGCAGUUCAUCAACAGAAUUGCAGGUCACCCCUUGGCCCAGAACGAGCGCUGUCUUCACAUGUUUCUGCAAGAGGAAGGCAUUGACCGUAACUACAUUCCUGGAAAAACAACACAGACUGCUGCACCUGCCCCGUGUACAUUUAUUUCUACGUCACGUCAUUCUAAACCUGGUGGAAACGUCAGAACUGAUCAGUGUCAACGAUUUAGGGCAAACACAACUCUUGCUCCAGGACAAAACUAAGAGAUCCAUUGUAUAAAAAAACGUUUGAUGUUUGUGUCUUUAUUCAGCCAUUCCACAUAUUAUAUGUACAUUACUUUUCAUUCAGUAAUCAGUGAAAAAGAAACUGUUUUUUUUUUCUCAUAGCUAGAUUUUCUUUUCUCUUUUUCUUUUUUACACUGAUGGUUAUAUUUUCUGAAUGUUUUUCUUUUCUCUUUUUCAAUUGAGUUGAUCGAGUUAAAAAACAAAUUUCCUGCUUCAAUUAGUUUUCUUUUGCGAGCAGAUGUGAUCUUGAUGAAAACCUCCCAAAGUUGAGCAACAUGUAGCAUCAUGAAGAAGACAGCCGCACGUCAUUCCAGUCAGUAUACUUUCUCCUGAGCUUUAGGUUAUGGACGAGCUCUUCAGUCAGGGUCGUUUUACAAUUAACCAUUUUAACUCUGCUGUAUUAGUUCCGUCAUCCUGCCUCUACGUUUCGGCUGUGUGUUGUCUAAUCGGCUAUUGGGAAUGUUAAGUUGGGUAAAACAACCAUAUCUAAGCACUGUGACAAGAGGUUCAUUAUAUGAACAAUAUUCCAUUGUUUAAAGGCGUAAUCAGCAUCUGGUUCACUGAUCUACAACAAGGAGAAUUCUGCGCUCAUUUCCAGACGUUUUAUUCCUUUUAUCAAUAUUAUUGUUAAGUGUAUUAAUACAUGUUACCAUUGCAGUUCCGCUCUGGGUGACGAGGAACUUUCUUGUUGCUCUUGUCCUCCAAUUAAAUUUCCUGCUGCCUGCUG